AUGGGGGAUAGCCGUUUCGGAAACAUUCUCCACAACGUCGUUAGCGGCGCGGGCGGUCUCGUCCACGCUGGAUGGCACGGCGUCCAGCAUGCGAUCAACGCAAACAGUGGAUCUGACGAAGAAGGAUGCAGCCGAAAAGCAGCUCAGGCGCGCCUCCACCUGACACCCGAGCGUCCGCCGCCGAUCGAAGAGGCCCCGGAAACUCUCGCGAACCACGGCGACGCAGUUUCACAGGACUGGCGCUGGCUAGCGCUGCGCUGCGAACAACGGCUCAAUGCGGUUCUGCAACAGCGGACGACCAAGACGGCGAAACUGACAGAUACACUCGGCCCGUCGUUCGACAUCCGGCAGUUCGCCUGCUUCAUGCCUCGCACAGUUCUGGAGGCGAUCGCAGAUCGACGCAUUCGACACUCCGACGAUUUCGACAUCCAAAUCGAGCAAUUCACCGCCGCCGUCGUAUUUUGCGACGCCAGUGGCUUCACAGCCCUGACAGAAGCUCUGGAUACGAAGCCGAAUGGAGCCGAACGUUUGGGGAAUAUCAUCAACCAGUUUUUCGACAAAAUCAUCAAAAUUGUCCACUACUGGGGCGGCGACGUGAUCAAAUUCAGCGGAGACGCCAUGACAAUCGUCUGGCCAGUUGACGACGAAUCGCCGCCGGACGGAGACGACUCUGAGAAUGGAACAGCUGCGAGGGACGAUGAGGCAGGAGACGACUUCUACAGAAUCGACAGCCAAGUGGCGUGCCGGCUGGCUGUGCAGUGCUGCCUGACGCUCCACCAGACUUUGCAUGGCUACGUGACAGGUUGCGACGACAAGGUCUUGACGCUCCACAUUGGUGUCGGAUUCGGUCAGGUUCACAUUUUGCAGGUCGGAGGCAUCAUGGAUCGAUGGGAAUACGUCGUUGCCGGCGCGCCUCUUGAGGAGAUUUCCAUCGCGGAGCCGCUUGCGGGGUCGGGCGAGACAGUCGUUUCGCCUUCGGUGGCGCUGGCUUUAGCCGGCGCCGCGGACUUGGAGGAAGUGCCCAACUCCCCUCCAGGGCGCACCUUCUAUAAAGUGAAAGGGCUGCAUGCAGCCGAGCCGGAGAAGGCCAAGAGUAUCGCCGUGGGUCUGUCGAGGUCUUCGACGCGUGCGCUCUGGGGAAGUGAAAAGCGAAAAGGACAAACCGAAGACGACGUGGAAACGCUGCCCGUCCAACCGCCUCCGCCUCUUGCUCCCAUCGACGUGGAGCCUGACGACAUCGACUUGCUCAGACGCUACAUUCCGCCUUCUGUGUUUCGACGCCUCACAACGGGAUGCAACGUUUUCUUGAACGAGCUACGCGUCGUCUCCGUUGUGUUCAUAUGCGUCCGUGGCCUGGACGUCUCAACCCGGACCGGAAGUCUUAUCGCCCACAAAUUGAUGAAAAUGACGCAAAAAGCCGCAUACACGAUGGAAGGAUCUGUCAACAAAUUUCUCGUCGAUGACAAAGGCGUUCUCCUCCUCGUCAUGUUCGGCCUGCCUCCUGUCUACCAUUUGGACGAUCCGAUACGAGCGAUCAUGGCUGCGCUGCGCGUUAUCGACGGAAUGAAGGUCUUUGGCCUUGACGCCGGUAUCGGCAUCACCAGUGGACGAGUCUGGUGUGGGACCGUUGGAAACGAAAUUCGAAAGGAAUACACGGCUCUGGGCGACUACGUGAACCUCGCUGCACGGCUCAUGGCGAAGGCGGGCCCUCGAGAGAUCUUUGUCGAUGUCAACACGUUUGAAGCGGCGCGUCACGCCCUCGAGUUCAAGCAGCUUCCGAGUAUGCUUGUAAAGGGCAAAGAGCAUCCGGUCCAGGUUUUCAUGCCGACAGGGGUAAUGAUCAACCAGAGGAAAGACGUGAUGGAAGACCAUCCCUUGCUCUCGUGGCCUCAGUGGAGUGGCAAGAAGCAGCUGAGAGAAGUGAUGCUGCCGCCUGCUCCGUAUUUGGAGCAGAGUUCGCUUCUCGGCAAAGCCAGCAAGUACAACGCGUUCCGACCUCCUCUCGACUACCCUGUGCCGACCGGACCUCUCUUUGCUCACGAAUGGUACGAGCCGUUUUUGCCAGAGCUGCAGCCUUUUGCGGCUGUAGGCGGCGUCAUGGUGAUCAAGGGGAAAGAGGGCUUGGGGACCCACGAACUCGCGAAACUCCUCGGUCAGAUUGGGCGAAAAGACCUAAAGCGGCAAACGUUUUUCAUCAGCAACAUGCCGGACUCCGUUCAGAUGAACAUCGGAAACGUGCCUUUGCUGGCGUGGAGGAAACUGUGCACAGAGAUGGUUGAGCGAUGGCGUGUCAGCGAUAACCGAGAGAAGAAAGGCUACUCGAAGAUUGACCGCGAUAACUCUGUCUACGGCCUCACCAAAGAGCUGAUUCACCCCUCCUUUCACUGGCGCCUGGAGGACAUGAAGCCCGUGAUUCACGGCCUCGUGCUGCCCUACGAGCUGCCAGAGAACCAGGUGAUGCUGAAGCAACGCCUCAAAAACCUGAAAAGCUAUCAACGAAGACACGGCGGCAUGCGUCACCCCCUGAUCAUGUCGCCAGCUUUCAAUCUCCUCCUGAAACCCGCAGAGUGGGUUGGGGACGCAGCGGCGGCAGCGGCUUCUGCUGCUCGCGUUAUCACUCCCGUGAACAACUGGAUGACGAAAAUCCCCACGCCCGCAGACGACGACACCUCAGAUUCCGACGACUCCGAUGACAGCAGCGCGGGGCCCCCUCGACUGGGCCUGGCCAAUGUGGCCCGAGGCAGCGGCGAGUCCAUCGCGCCAAUCAUUGCCUCGUUAGUCAACGGCUUCACCCUGUACGAGAGUUCAAUUAUCAUCCUGCAUGUCCGCACAGGGACAUCAGUGUUUGCCGAGAUGGAUCGCGACAGCUGGAAGGUCGCCCGCAUGGUUGCGCGCGUCUCCCUCGUCCGCCGCUCUCAUCGUCUCGAAAACGACAUGAAAGAUCUGAAAGAAUGGCGGCGUCUCCACUCCCGAAAAUGCUGGUGGUGCAAAGGCUACCGCACGCGCACGGUCGUCGACAGCUCGGGGAAGGAGCACCUCGUUCAGCCGACGUCGCUGUGCCGACCGCUCCCUUCUCAAUUCUACCAGCCUCUUCUCUUUGUUCUCAUCUGCAGCGAGACGACGGACAAUGUCCCCGAACAGCAGCAACUCGUCCAGAUGGCCCGCGACAACAAUGCCCUAAUCGAACUGAAGAAGCUCGGCCUUCAAGAGACUGCCGAGUAUCUCAGCCACUGCCUCAGCAUCCGGAAGAGCGGGCUCGAUCCAGGCUUUGUCGAAUAUGUCCAGCGCGCCUCAGCAGGUGUUCCGAAGUACGCGUAUCUGACGGCGAAGAAGUUGGUGACGGAGCAGGCAGUCGUUUUGACCCCCGAGGGCGGCGUGAAGAAACAGCCUCGACUGUCUCCUCGAGGGCGUCGGGAUUCGGGACGCCGGCGCGGAGACAGUGGUCCAGGGCUGGAUGACGGGGCUGUGCCGCCGGGUAGCCGUCGCGAGGGAAGGGAGGAUGCGGAUCGAGCCGACGAGGACGAGGAAAGUCAGGACGAAGAAGAUGAACGGCGUGAGGAUGACGAAGUCGCCAGAUGCGUUUGCGAACUAAUUGAGAAGGUUCGGCUCCAGAGAGAUGAGUUGGCGAAGGCCCAGGCAACGUCUCAGGGAAAGACAGAACAAGGGCGAGGCGACAAAGGAAAGCUUGUCCCCGCGCCCAAUGACCGGUGGACGCAUUCUGCGAUUUAUGACCGGCUCCCGCUAAACGUGCGUGCGCCCGACGCAGCUGCGCUGGCUCUGGACGCUCCGCCGCUCUCUGCUUUCGAUUUGGGUGCGAUGGAGGAGCAGCUGAUGCAGCACGCCCACCGCUACGACGGCCCUGGAGUCGACAUGGCAUCAGGCGCAGGCUCCGACGUGUGUCCUUCGCAGCUCUAUCUGGCGUCCAAGUACCGCGAGCGUCUCCACGCCGGUCUGUCUGUGGACGUUCCCGCGACUUCGCCGUCGGUCGGUCAAGCUGAGGGGGACGACGGCGCCCACAGGGGAUCGCGCGGUCGAGGCUGCGAUAGCGUCGGGCGGGCUCCGGGCGCCGCGCCCGGCGACAGGGACGAAGGUGGAGACAGCCCGCCGGCGCAGCGGGGCAGUUGGCCUCACCACGUGCAUUUUGAGAGCGCCAAAGCUGCGCAUGGAGGACAAGGCGGGGGGGGCCGAAGGAAAAUGGGGGUGGCGGAGCGUCAGCGAAUUGAAGACGACGCGCGAAUCAGCAGGGGGAAACUGACCCGAGCGGAAUUUGCUUUUCUGCAAAAUGCCCCGCCGUGGGUCCACUUGGACGCCACCGACCUCAAGGGUUUGAGUCUCUACAAGAAGCGUCGGUGGGCGGCAGCGCGGAACCUCGACUGGGACUCCGACGCAGAAUGUGCGGUUGAAGCCGCCGACGAGGGAGCGGCGUUGGAAGGGCAUCCUGCCUUUCUUCUUCCAGAAGGCCAGAACGGCGAACGGCGACGCCGGACGCUGUACACAGGCAUGGUUGUGAAAGAAGACCUGCUGUCGAUACCCUUCGUCCCGGAACUGAUUGCGAACUGCAUGUUCACAGUCGAGCGCCUCCAGCCUGAGGAGCAGAUGGUGGCGAAAGUCGCGUCAGUCUUCCCCUGUCCGUUCAACCCCGUCGAGCUGUGCCGGGCGUAUCCGAGGCGGAAACCCUUGGAGGAAUUCUGCGCAAUCAUCUACCAGCUGAUUAUCCGAGACGUGCUGGAGGUGUGCGAGCCACCUUCGCUCGAAGACCUCACCUCGCUCGCGGCGUCCAUCGGUCUCGGCGGGCCAGACGGCUCACAGACCCCCGAGGGGGGCGAAGGCGCUGAUGGCGAGACGGCGCCCGACAGUGCCAAGACCUCGGGGGCGACUGGGGCAAGCAAACGGGCCAUGCGCCUCUCCCAGGGCUGCCUCCACAACCCCUCCAAACGGCUCUCGUGCCUCCUCAACGCGGCGUCAGCUCCUGGAGGCGGCGCGGCAGGCGCCCACGGAGAAAGCGGGAAGGCCAACAACCUCGCUCCGUUUCCCCCAGGGGCUCCGUCAGCGACGCAAAACAGAAGAGGCAGCGCAUUCUCCAGUGCCUCCUCUCUGCUUCCGCCCUCGGACAAGGACGGGGCUUCGACGGGAGCGAGCGGCGAGCAGAACUCAAGCCCCGAUGGAAAACGAGGCAGCGGCAUCGGGGCGCACAGCGCCAGCCUCGAAGACGUCCCGUUCCCGGGGCUCGCCCCUGGCCACGAACGCCGCCCGUCCGUGAUGAGGGCUGGAGGCCUCGUGACGCCCCAGCGCAUCGUCGAGGGCUCGCUCGGAGGCGAACGCGCCCAGCCGGUGGAGGGCAACGCGCGGGGUGUCGCAGGCGAAUCGAGAGAUCCCGAGAGGUCUGGCCGCCUCACCACGGCGAAAGCUGGAACGGUGGUCACUCGGGAGGUCUGGGAAACCGUGCUCAUGAACGAAGACGGAACCGACGUCUUCCUCAGAUUCAACAGCAUUGCGCUUCAAAGGGUCGUCGCUGAUCUCCUUUUGACGGACGAGCGAAAGUGGCUGACGCUGGUGUGCAGACGGAUCAUUGCCCUGAGAUUCACGGAGUCCGCCGCCGCGUCAAAUGAUUCAGAGCCGCGCCCUCCCGCAAGCACCACGGCACCUGCGGCGGGUUCAACCCCGGCCCAAGACGUCUCAGAUCUCUCGAACCUCGUGCGCUCAGCCCGGCUCGUCGCCGAAGGAAAACCCAUUCAAGAUGGAGCCGGCGAAGCAGCAGAGGAGCGUGACGAAGCCAUUGAGGCUGAGCUGGCUAAGGAGCAGCCGCCUCCACAGUCUCUGCUGGAGACGGCGUUGGCGGCCGAGAGAGAGACGCUCGAGCAGGCAGCAAAAGCGGAGAAAGAAAUUGCAGCCAAAGAGCACGAAGAAGAAAUUGAGCGGCUUGUCUCCAAGGCGGUUCUGUCUCGAGGCGGGAGCGGGCACAAUAUGGGGCGGAAGUUGUCGCUGAAAGGGACGGCCGCGUUCGGCUCCUCGCUUGCCCGACGCUCCAGCGCGUCCUCCGGAGGGGCAAUCAACUCAGACGAACCUGAGCCCGUUUUUCGUGUAGCGGGUGACGAGGAAAUGGAAGGACACGACCUCUGGGCAGCCGCGUCGGCUGAAAAGCACGUGGAAACAGCGACGAACGGCCACACGAGUGAGCCAGCCGCAGACGCUUGA